AUGGGCCAGGUCAACUGCUGCCGCGGGCCCAGGGACGACCCUGAGCCCGAGCAGCAGUGCGUGCCCGUCCCAGCAUCUCACCAGCCACUGCUCCGGCAGAGCCAGGCGAAGGCUGGUGCAGAGCAGCAGCCACCACCUCUUGCCUCCUCCUGCAGCGAAGGUGGCGUUGGCCACUCGGCUGGUGGCUCCAGCAGGAGGAGGAGGUGGCUGCCCUGGCCCUUCGCACGGGGAAGGACCUCAGAUGCUGCAGAGGCUGCCGAACCAUCAGGCUCUGGCCGCACGGGGGUUCUGUUUGGCCGGCCCCUGGCAGCUCUCUGCAGCCAGAACGGCUUGCUGCCCCAGCCCAUCCAGGACCUGCUGGCUCUCCUGCAGGAGCACGGACCAUCCACCGAGGGGAUCUUCCGGCUGGCGGCCGGCGAGCGCGCCUCCCGGGAGCUGCGGGAGGCCCUGGACAGCGGCGCCCAGGUGCAGCUCGAAAGCCAGCCGGUGCACCUCCUGGCCGCCAUCCUGAAGGAGUUCCUGCGCAAGAUCCCCUCCAAGCUCCUGCAGGCAGAGCUGUACCAGGACUGGAUGAGCGCCCUGCACAACACCAGCAGGCAGGAGAGGCUGGCGGGGCUGAAGGACGUGGCCAGCAAGUUGCCCGAGCCCAACCUGCUCCUCCUCAAGCAGCUGCUCACCCUGCUGCACACCAUCAGCAGCAACGCCGGCACCAGCAGGAUGACAGCGGCCAGCCUGGCCAUCUGCGUGGGGCCGAACCUCCUCAGCCCACCGGAGGAGGACACGCUGCCGCUGGACGUCCUGGUGCAGGUGACCGGCAAGGUGACGCAGCUGCUGGAGUUCCUCAUUGUCCACCACGAGGAACUCUUUGAGGAGGAGGAGGCUGGGCUUCCCAGUGCAUCCACCGAGGAGUUGCCAGCACCAGGGGCAGAAGCAGAAGCCUCAGAGGUGCCUCCAGUCACCCUGGAAAGUGAACACCUGAGUAGCACCUCUGAGGAGAGCAGCUUCUUGGAUUUCCUGGAUGAGCUCUGA